AUUAGUAGUUGUUUAUUCACGAUAAAGAAAAAUAACUAUAAUUAUCAAACUAUUUUAUUAUAUUGCACAAAUAUUUAGUUGCUCUCUAAAUCAAGAUCACAAAAUGCCAAAUGCAUGUUGCUGUGUCAGGAGUAGGGAUCAAUGCAAGAUAACACAAGGAAUCAACAUUUCAAGAGAGGACAAAUCCAUGAAUCAAUUUUUUUACUACAAAAACAAUAUCACUUGAGCUUAUAUUAAUCACUCUUUGUUGAAUGAACUGAAACCAUUGUUUAAAGGGUGUGAUUGCCAAGAAAAGGCAGGGAGAGAUGGAGAAAGAGAGCUCAAAAAUAAAUCAAAUUCUGAGCAUGAAAGGAGGGUUGGGAGAGGAGAGCUAUGCCAAGAACUCAAAACCACAGCGAGCAAAUCUAUCCAGUUCAGUGCCAGUACUAAAACAAGCAGUGCUUGAUUUCUGCGACACCGAACUUCCUCAUUGUAUCACUAUAGCAGACCUUGGAUGUUCUUCAGGACCCAACACUUUCUUUGCAGUUACUCAGAUCACAAGCUUGAUCUACGAAAGGUGCUCUCAACUGGGCCUAUCACCACCAGAAUUUUCUAUUUUCUUGAAUGAUCUUCCAGGAAAUGAUUUCAACACCGUUUUCCAGUCUUUUCUGCCAGCUUUCAAGGAGAAAAUAGGGGCAGAAAACGGUUCAGAUUUUGGUCCCUGUUAUAUUUCUGGAGUUCCAGGUUCAUUUUAUGGGAGGCUUUUUCCAUCGAAUAGCCUGCAUUUUGUGCACUCUGGAACUAGUCUUCAUUGGCUCUCACAGGUACCUCCUGAGUUGAAUGAUAAAUCAAAUCCACUAAUAAACAAAGGGAAAAUAUACAUUUCAAAGACAAGUCCAGCAGCUGCGAUAGAGGCAUAUCAGAUUCAGUUUCAAAAGGAUUUCUGUUCAUUUCUUAUGGCACGCUCUACGGAAGUAGUUCCAGGGGGACGUAUGGUCUUUACAUUAAAGGCAAGAAGAUUUGCAGACCCAACCGCCGAUGAAAGUUGUUUGAUCUGGGAUUAUUUAGGCCAGGCACUCCAGGAUUUAGUUUUGAAGGGGCUAAUCGAAGAAGAAAAGUUAGACACCUAUAAUGCUCCAUACCAUGAGCCAUACGUAGAAGAAAUCAAGACUGAGAUAGCGAAAGAAGGAUCUUUUACCCUCAAUUGCCUUGAGAUCAUUGCCCUUCCAUGGGAUGCCUGUAAUGGAGGAAUGAAGUGUGAUAGAGAAACAACAGCAAAAAACUUGGUGAGGGUCUUAAAAGCAAUCAAUGAGUCAAUGAUUCGGUCUCAUUUUGGCGCAGAAGUUUUGGAUCCUUUAUUUCAAGUUUUGACUGCUAUCAUCGCAGCUGAUACAAAGGAAGUGGAGCAUGUCACUGCUGUCUUUUAUGUGACUAGAAAAGAUUAGCAGCAUUUGGAGUUGUCUCUUUUUCCUUUUUGAUUAAUGAAGUUUCCAUUAAGCAAUAAGUCAACGGUAACAGGGAUUGUAAAUCCUGCAGCAGUGCAGCAGCUUACUAGUUCUAGUUGAAUGAUAUUUUGCAGAAACUGCUUAGCACAGUCUCUAGAAUGACAGGAUUUAUCGUUGGCAUAUGCUUUUAGUUCAAGUACUAGAAAAGAUGAGAUGAUAACAAUCUGCAGAUGCAAGAUUACACAGACUACACAAUGGAUCAACUGUUCUUCCCAUCAUAACCUGUCCACUUCUCAAUUUGUGGUCACCCAAGAUCAGAACAACUAGCCACGAAAUAAAACUGAGCAUCAGCAGUAACUUUUACCAACCACUCUGCCUCCUUUCUUCCUAACA